AAAUACUUGGCUCAGAAUUGGCACUUGGUUCCUGUUUUUAUUUUUAGCUUCAGUUUUGGCCUUCUUCAGCCAUAACUGCCAGAACUCUUGCAGAAUAAACUCAAUUUAGACAAACUGUUUUUAUCUUUCCAUAGGUAUGAAUCCCAGGACCCAGAAUAAGGAUUCUCUAGAGGACAGUGUUUUUACCUCUCCAGACCCAAUGCCAGGCUUCUGUUGCACAGUUGGAGUGGACUGGAAGUCUCUCACUACUCCUGCGUGCCUCCCUCUCACCACCGACUACUUCCCUGACCGCCAGGGCCUGCAGAACGACUACACCGAGGGCUGCUACGAUCUCCUCCCGGAAGCUGACAUGGACAGGAGGGACGAGGAGGGUGUGCAGAUGACAGCUCAGCAGGUGUUUGAAGAGUUCAUCUGCCAGCGUCUUAUGCAGGGUUACCAAAUCAUAGUGCAGCCCAAGGCCCAGAAGCCCAGCCCGGCCGUCCCACCCCCGCUCAGCAGCAGCCCGCUCUACAGCCGAGGUCUCGUGUCCCGAAACCGCCCCGAGGAGGAAGACCAAUAUUGGCUGAGUAUGGGCAGAACUUUUCACAAAGUGACGCUGAAAGACAAAAUGAUCACGGUCACACGAUACCUUCCCAAGUAUCCGUAUGAAUCUGCCCAGGUUCACUACACCUACAGCCUCUGCCCGUCCCACUCAGACUCAGAGUUCGUCUCCUGUUGGGUGGAAUUCUCCCAUGAGCGGCUGGAGGAGUACAAGUGGAAUUACUUAGACCAGUACAUUUGUUCUGCUGGCUCUGAAGAUUUCAGUUUAAUUGAGUCUUUGAAGUUCUGGAGGACCCGCUUCCUGCUACUGCCAGCCUGUGUCACUGCCACCAAACGCAUCACAGAGGGAGAGGCCCAUUGCGACAUCUAUGGGGACAGGCCCCGUGCAGACGAGGAUGAGUGGCAGCUACUGGAUGGCUUCAUCCGCUUUGUGGAGGGCUUGAACCGGAUCCGCAGGCGGCACCGCUCAGACCGCAUGAUGCGGAAAGGGACGGCCAUGAAAGGCUUGCAGAUGACUGGACCCAUUUCUACACACUCCCUUGAGUCUACAGGCCCCCCAGUAGGGAAGAAGGGAACCUCAGCUCUGUCUGCAUUGCUGGAGAUGGAGGCCAGUCAGAAGUGCCUAGGAGAACAACAGGCAGCUGUGCACGGUGGGAAGAGCUCCUCUCAGCCAGCCGAGAGCAGCACUGUUGCCAUGACUCCCACCUACGUGGACAGCCCACGAAAGGAUGGGGCCUUCUUUAUGGAGUUUGUUCGCAGCCCACGCACAGCAUCGUCCACCUUCUACUCUCAGGUUAGUCAACUCCAGGGCUCUGCAGCCUGUGCAUGCCAGACCUAUUGGUAGAAGGAGAAUAUUGGCUGGCCUUCUGUGCGUCUCUGAGCAAAUGGAAUUGGGCAGCUGAACGUGAACUUGGUGUCUAAGGUGUUUAUUCCACGGUGUUCAUGGCAGCAAAGGGGAAU